AUUAAAAGACGAAUUUUAUUCGAAUUAUACCCGUACCGAAUUUUUGCCGAAUCCGAAUUAACUAACUAUGGUUGGGAUCGACCCACAAGAUCUCCAGAUGUGGUCAUAGAUUCUGAAGAACAGCAACAACAUGCUGAGAAAACAUUUGCCAAAUCCCAAGAAUCCCCUUCUCCUCCUCCCAGGAACCCCCCGACCCCCCCGAAACCCUAAUACCCCGUUCCCAUCUCCCACCAAACCCUUCGCCUCCCUCUCCGACUCCCCCGAUCCCCCGCUCCUCCAAUCGCGCCUCGCCAGGUUCUGCGACCUCAUCAAGCGCCGCCGCUUCGCCGCGGCCAAAUCCCUCCUCAAAACCCUCGCCGAAUCCGAAGCCCUAGCCCACCCGUUCCCCCUCGUCGCCCCCUUGAUCCAGCGCUCCUGCGAGGGCGCCGGGGUCGCUCCCGCGGUGGCCUUCGACAUGGCGUUCCGGGUCUACGCCGACGCGGGCGCGGUGGAGCGGGCCCUCGAGGUGUUCGACGAAAUGCGCGAGAGGUUCGGGCGCGUCGAGGGCCGGUCGUGUAGCGUGUACCUCACGGCCUUGCGACGCGCCGGUCGGAUGGACUCGGCGGUGGGUUUCAUACGUAGGAUGGUCGAAUUGGACGGCGUCGUCGACGUCACGCCGUACUCGAUCGCUGUCGUGAUCGACGGCUUGUGCAAAAAUGGGGAGCCGGGGAUCGCCCGAGAGGUGCUCGACGAAAUGCGCCGGAGAGGGAAGGAGCCCAAUGUCUUGUCGUAUAACUCGUUGCUCGAAGCUUAUGCGAAGAGCCGGAACUUUGAGAUGGUGGUUGAGGUAUUGCGUCUGCUCGAUAAGAGUGGCUUGGCUCCGAAUGUCGGGACUUACACGAUUCUUAUCAAUGCGUAUUCGUCCUCCGGAGAGAUCAACAAAGCCGAGGAGAUCUUUGAGGAGAUGAACAGGAAGAGAUUGAGCGGGGAUGUGUAUUUGUACACUGCGAUAAUCAAUGCAAAUUGCCGGGCCGGAAAUGUGAGGAGGGCGUCUGCGCUUUUCGACGAGUGUGUUGAGAGAGGCAUCGAGCCAAAUGAUAGAACUUACGGGGCUCUGAUCAACGGGUUUUGCAAGAUGGGGCAGAUGGAGGCCGCGGAGAUGUUGACGAGUGAGAUGCAAGCGAAAGGAAUAAAUUUUAAUCAGAUUAUACUGAACACGAUGAUCGACGGUUACUGCAGGAAAGGGAUGGUUGAUAAAGCUCUCGAAUUGAAGGCCAUCAUGGAGAAGACCGGAAUCGAGCUCGACGUCUACACCUACAACACACUGGCGUGCGGGCUUUGCAAGGCUAAUAGAAUCGACGAAGCCAAGAAGCUUUUACAUGUUAUGAUCGAAAGAGGGGUUUCUCCGAAUUAUGUUAGCUACACGACAUUGAUUGGGAUUCAUUGCAAGGAAGGAGACAUGGUGGAGGCGAGGAGAGCGUUUAGAGAAAUGGCGAAUGAAGGACAUAAGCCUAGCGUCGUUACGUACAAUGUGAUGAUUGAUGCGUAUAGCAAGAAGGGGAGCAUUCGGGAGGCCGAGAGGCUUAAGAAAGAGAUGGAUAAGAAAGGGCUAGUGGCGGAUAUUUACACUUAUACUUCGCUGGUGCACGGGCACUGUAUUAAUGGAAAGGUUGAUGUUGCGGUUAAGUUGUUUGAGGAAAUGAAGCAAGGGGGCAUCGCAGCGAACGUUGUUACUUACACAGCAUUGAUCUCUGGGCUGUCGAAAGAAGGGAGGUCGGACGAGGCGUUUGCGUUGUAUGAUGAGAUGUUGGCGGCAGAGUUAACGCCAGAUGAUUCUGUUUAUUCUGCUCUUGUAGGAAGCCUUCAUAGCGCGAAAGGGAGUGAGGCUUUUACAUUGAGAAGAGCAACUUUGUGACGUAUGCCGGGAAACUAUUGUAAUCAGUGGAGACUGAAAGGGCCGACGGAUUUGCUCUUUUGAACUAACAUACAUUUGAAUGAGUUAAAUUUGCUGCCGGUCUCUUGAUGGCAUGAGGAAACUUGGCUGAUCAGAAUGAAACUGGUUGUCUCACAAUGAGGCUUAAUAUCACUUGGAGAGUUGAGAUAUCUAGCAUUGCUUCGAGCAACUUCAUUCGGACCAAAAGGUUGAAGCAAAUAUUAUGACUUGUGCGGACAAAAGUUGCUGUCACAUCCACUAUGGUAGAGGAAGAGACUGCUAGCUGCACAGGAGACUAUCACAUGCAUGGAGUUGAAGUGGAGCAUAAAUGCUAAAUUUUGUAAUGGAAAGGUUUACAAGCUUCAAAAGGUCACUUUACAUUUGAGAAAUUUUGUGUUUGUACAGUACUUGUACCUUGUUCUGGCACAUUAUAUUCAGCUACAAUCCAUGAGCUUUUGAAAA